AUGGCCCACCCAACAAAUAUGUCUUCAAUGAAAGACCCCCAGGACUGGACAGUCGACGAGGUUGUCAAGUUUCUCUGCCAUGACAAGCCCGGGGACUGGUCUUACAAUUUGGCUUCCCCAGAUCUUGUGGCUCUGGAGACUUCUCUCCGAGAAAAUUCCAUCUCGGGUCCAAGUUUUCUCGAAAUCACGGACUACUAUGUCAAAGAGCUAGGCGUGAGAGCUAUCGCCCAACGCCAAUUUAUCUUGAAGGCUAGUAAAUGGCUACAACAGCGGUCGCCGAAGUUCCAAAACGUUGGGUUGGAGCAUCAACAGCCUCCUACCAAAGAACUUCCUGGGGAACAACAACUUUCACCAGAACGCCUCGAUAAUCCCAUCAAAACGACUCCGCUUCUUGAAAUUCCCGUCAAUGCCACCCCCCCUUUUGAAGUUCCCACCAACCCAAACCCUCUUUCUGAUGGCCCUCCACCGGCCAAAACGGAGGAGAAGAGACCUCGCCGGAUGGAGACCACUGUUGUGGAACGACCACACAUAUCUUCUUCCCUGGCAACACGCUCGUCUCAUGAACUACCUGAUCCGAAUUUCGCGGUUGGGCAAGAAGAUUUCUUUGAUUAUCUUGCCAAGGCUUACCCCCCAAAUGAUGCAGAAGUCCUCCCAGUCUUGGGAGAAUCCAGCUCCGAGAGUGAUUAUGAUACGGAUUUUCGCGAGGAAAUGGAAGAGGACGAGGAUCAACCCCGACUGGGUAGCCCCCUGGAUGAUGCUGGGAACUUGGAGGAUGAUGAAUUUAAUGAAAUUGUCGACGAAUACAUCACUGCACGAAGGGUCCGGUUUGACGAGGCUCGACUGCCAAAAGAGCUGCCAAAAGGAUUUCAAAUUUGGACCAGAGGUCAACAACUCCCCAGCAUGAAAAGUCACAUUUCGACACGGCUCGCCCACCUGGAGAAACGUUGUCGGUCACUCCGCAAAGCACUCGCUGAGGCGCAACAUUCAUCCCGCUCCUCUUUACUCCAAGCAUGUGCAUGUCUCGACGCCACUGUCGUUGAUAUUUUCUUAGAUAAAUGGAAGCUUUCUGUUCUCGAGCAACCUACACCGCCGCCAAAAGUUCCUCGUCUACCACCCACCCAGCGGGUAGCAAAGCGCGAUGUGAAUUCAGAUGGCGAAGAGACUUUGAGUUCAGAUUCGGAUUCAGUGCAUGUCACCGAAGAAGAGGUGGAAGACGGAUCAUCAGAAGAAUCGGAAGAUAGUCUCGAUCUUGCCUUUAUCUCUGAUCCCGAGGAGGACGAUGUUACACAGAAUCAAGAAGAGCCAUAUUCUCGCGCAGCUUAUCAAGAAGGACCCUUCCGCGACUCCUCUUCAGACGAGGAUCUGAGUCAUCUUUUCUAUAAAGAAGAGAACUACGAGCCCCCAACCGCCAAGAGGCGCCGCCUGGAGAGCUAUAGCGUCAGCCCGAAUGAUUCAAUCCCGCCACUCGUAUCAAUGAAAACUCUGCCGUUUGACCGGGACGUGGCAUUGCCGUCGAAGGAGUGUGAGGAAGAGGGCCAGAUACAGGCAAAUCCCUAUCCUAUUAACCCAAUGCCCCGCCAGUCAGUCGAAUCCGUGGUUUCGGCGAGUGACAAUGGCAGCGAAAUCGAUGAGGCUGUACGUGUUUUUGACGAAGUUUACCCUAUGACAUGGAAAACUAUCGAGGAGAGUGGUAAUCGCUAUCGCCUAAUAGCGAAAGCCCUUGGAGGUCUGUCGGACAAUCGGAUCGACCAACUUUCUAAAUUUCUCGAGUCUUAUAUGUCCUUCUCUUAUCGAGAAUUUACGGGAGAUGCGCUGAAACACAUGUCUGACAAUUCACCGGUAAUAGAAGGAUGGGAUCCCGAGGAGAGCCAUUCUGCAAUGUUGAUGACCGCCUUGUUUGUGUCGUGGAUCAACGUUAUCCAAGUUCCUCUUGGAGCCUUUACAGCAAAGCAAGUCAAGAGUGCGCUUGUAGCAAUCAGAGACGACCUUGAUGAAGACCAAUUCUCACCAUUCUUUGAAAGCUUAAAUGAUCUUCUUAGGAGGUACAAAAAAUGGAUGACUUUGUCAUCUCGUGUCCAGCCUCAUGAACAGGAACUCACCCAGCACCAGUGGCCCAAGCGCAAGAAAGCGGCAGUCUCCAUGACUCUGAACCGGGCUCAAAAGCAUGGUCAAGAACGACUGGCAAAUCAAGAUGAGGCCAAACGAGCCCUCCGAUUCCGGGUUGACUAUGAGCAAAUACCCGCAAAGCCAGUUUCGUUCGGAGAUCCUAUUAUUCACCUUGAUCCAUAUAUCGGUAGCCGGAUCCAGCCACACCAGCUCCAUGGGGUUCAGUUUAUGUUCCGGGAAAUCGCUGAGAACAAAGGACCAGAAGGGUGCUUGUUAGCACACACCAUGGGGCUGGGCAAGACCAUGCAAGUGAUAUCACUUCUAGUUACCAUUUCUACUGCUGGGGUAUCACAUGAUCCGGCAAUUCGAGCCCAGAUUCCCCAAGAAUUGCGACAGCUCAGAACCCUGAUACUGUGUCCAGCAUCGCUCAUUCAAAGUUGGUGCAGGGAGUUUGCAAUCUGGUCCCCUGACAACCAUAAUCUCGGCAAGGUCCGACCCAUCCUGGCAAAAUCUUCGACCACGGGCCCUGACCGAAUUGAAGACAUUCGCUCUUGGAAUGACGAGGGUGGUGUACUGAUCAUCAGUUAUGAAAUGUUCCGGAAUCUGGCUGGGAAUAAUGCGGGCCAGAAAGAGUAUCUUGAAAAACAAUCGAGCAAUGAACUUUUGAAGACUUGGUUGCUGGAAAGCCCAAAUCUUGUUGUGGCCGACGAAGCGCAGGUGUUACGCAAUAACACAACAAAGAUUGCUCAGACAACCUGCCGCAUCCGCACCCGAAAAAGGAUUGCCUUGUCAGGGACUCCGCUAUCUAAUGGCUUGAAAGACUACUAUUGGAUGGUGGAUUGGAUUGCUCCCGGAUACCUGGGAACCUUUGCUGAUUUCAACGAACACUUCAUCAUGCCAAUUGAAAACGGCUCGCAUGUUGAAAGCACCUGGCUUGACCGAAGACAGGCACUCCAGCGCCAGGAGGUGUUCCUUAGGAUCAUUGACCCAAAAGUACAGCGAGCUGACAUGUCCGUACUGACAAACAAAUUGCCACCCAAGUACGAAUUCUCUGUUUAUUUUGAGCUGACAAGCUUUCAAAAGGCUGCUUAUAACCUCGUCAUUGAAGGUAUACCCCUAGGCAAGACUGCGAAUGUGAGCUCGAAGCUUCUGUCCUGGCUGUCCCCUAUUAAACUCUGCUGCAAUCAUCCAGCCCUUCUCAAGGAAAACCUGGAAACCCGGGCAACCAAAAGCGCACCUAGCAGACAAAGGAGUCCCAGCGUUGAUGAUCAUGGCCUUAAUGCCGGCUUCGACAUUACCACCGAAGAGGUAACGCUUCCACGGUCGACGGUGUCUGAACUGGAUGUCCUAUUCAGCACGGUUCCUAACUUGCUGGAUCCUAGCUUAUCCAGUAGAGUUGCGAUCCUUGAUGAGAUUGUCAACCAAGCAAUCAAGGUCGGGGAUAAGGUCCUGGUCUUUUCAUCCAGUAUUCCAACGUUGAACUAUCUGGCAAAUUUGAUGGAAAGAACGCAAAGGAAGUAUUAUCUACUUCAUGGCACGGUGGCCACAGCUGAGCGUCCUGAGAUAAUUCGUAAAUUCAACAAGGAUGAGUCCAUUCAUGUGUUUCUCGUUUCAACUAAAGCCGGUGGUAUCGGGUUGAACAUUCACGCAGCGAAUCGAGUUGUGAUUUUCGACUUCCUCUUUAACCCUACCUGUGAGGAGCAAGCCGUUGGACGUGCCCAUCGUAUCGGCCAGACAAAGCCGGUUUUUGUAUACCGACUUAUCGCCGGCGGAACGAUUGAGGAAAAAAUGUACGGCAAGACUGUCUUCAAGAGCCAGCUUGCGGGCCGACUGCUUGAUGACAAGCAUAUCGCUCGAAUGGGGUCGAAAUUCGAGGAAAAAUACCUGGUCCCCUGGGUAGAGAGUUCCCAGAAAGGUGGGAUUGAUGAUCUUGCAUCCGAGAAGGAUGCAGAGAUGAUGGAGAGACUCAGGUCUCGAUGCGCUGAGUCUAUACUCAGCAUCAAGCUUUGCGGCGAGGAGCUUGAUCCCGAUGACAGGUUGACGGUCGCAGAACAGCAAUCCGUGGAAGACGCGUUGAGACUGCGACGCCUUCAAAUGUCUUCAGGAUUCUGA